GGGCCCCGGCGAUUCCAUCUCGACACACGACCCAACCUUCAUCCCGAUCGCCAACGGUCCUUCGCAAACGAGCGUAAUCGCACGCGCGCGAAAAAAACGAGAGGGAAGACAAGAGAAAGAGAGACAGAGACAGGAAACCCCCGCGUUCUUUCGUUUUCCGAUCGAUCGCGCCCGAUCGAAGUUCGCGCGAACCGGUGAGAGCUGAUCCGCGAGGCAGAAGCAAGACAAGCCGAAGAGGAGAUCGCCGCUGUGCCCGACGCCGACUCGACUGGCAAGAGUUUCAACGCUUACGGAGCAGAGAAAAAGACAUAUCACAAUGAUAAAAUUCGCUGUGGUAACGAUGGUGUGCCUCUUGGGGCUGAAGAUGAUCGCUGCGAUGCCAGUGGCCGAGCACCACGAGAGCCAUAAGCCGCAGCCGGUUGUACCUCUCGAGGAGAAGACUGCGGUGGAAUCGCUGAAGGCGGCAGAGACGGCUUCGGGGGCCGUGCAGAGCAACGCACCCGCGGAACCAGUGGCGGCUAGCCAGCCAGCACAGCCAGCGGCCGAGCAACCCGCCGCGGUUAACGAGCCUGCCGUGAGGAGCAGCGAGUCCGCUAGCGAGGAAGCUCAACCGGUCAAGGCGAAGAAGGACGAGCCGCUGCAGCCGGAGCAGCCGAAAGCAGUGUCCGAGGAAGCUCAACCGCAGCCCAGCCCCUCCGAGGAACAACUCGAAGAGAAGGAGGAGCCGAAGGUGUUGCCUACCGCCGAAGCCGAGAAGAAACAGGAGCAAGAAAUCCUCAAGGAAGCGCCAUCCGAAACGAAGGAGUCCGUGCAGCCUGCACCGCAGGAACAACCGGUCGAAGUUCCGAUCGAGAAAAAAGAGGAACAAGUAGGCAAGAGCGCGGAGACGGUCGAACCCGCGGCCGAGAAACCCGUGGCCAUCGAGAAGCGCGCUGACGACGCUGUCGAGAAAAUCGUUAAGGAAGAGCCGAAAGAGGAGAAGAAGCUAGAGGAGCCGGUGGCACAGCCAGCCCCGAAGAAGGAAGAGUCCGCGGAAGUUCCCGCAGUCGCCGCCACCGAGGACAAGAAGGUUGAAGCGAAGGCCGUCGAACAACUGAAGGAAUCUGAGGGUCACUCGCUUGCCCACGCUAAGAUCGAGGACAAGCCCGACCGCGUAACCAAGCGCGACGCUGAAGAAUCCGCCGCAUCCGCCCCCGCCCCCGCCGCCGCUGCCGCCUCAGCUGCAGCCCCCGCUGCUCAGGAACCGGCUCAGUCGCAGGAGAAAUCUGCGCCUGUCGCCGAGGCCGAGCAGGCCAUAGCGGAAGUACUUGCGCCGGUGGAGGAGCCGAAACCCGCCGAGACGAGCGAGAAGGUUGAGAAGAGCGAGCAGCUAGAGACGGCGCCCGCCGAGCAGCCGGCUGUCAAAGUCGAGGAGCCAGCUAUCAAGAGCGAGGAGAAGGUAGCCGAGGUAGCUGUCGAAAAGGAGGCUGAAAAGGAAGCAAAAAGUGCUGAUUCUCCUGUCCAACAAGUGGAGGCGGCCAAGGAGCAACAGCCCGUGCAGCCUCAGGAAUCCAGCCAGACCAAACGGGAUGCGGCCGAGCUGCCUCAGGUCAAGUCGGAACUUCCGGCCGCGGAGGAGCCGCAACCGGCGCAGCAGCCACAGCCACAGCCACAGCAACAGGAAGUCGCCAAAGAAGUGAAGGAACGCUCCAAUGACUCCUCCGAAGAAAAGUCCGCUGAGGACAGCAAGGAGAUCAAGAGCAGCGAAGAAGACAAGUCUUCCGAGGAGCAGAAGGACGCCAAGCCUAAGCUGGGGGAAUUGCUCCCGAAGCCCGAGCAGUAAAUCUCGGCGCGGGGAGAAUUUAAUUGAUGAGUAACCUCAGCAGCGCGGCAGCAACAGCAGCAGCAGCAUCAUCUCGAGGAGAAGGAGUAAGGAGAGGACUGCUCCUCUUAAGGAUCGGGACGAGCUCAGGCAUCGACGUCUCUGGCCACCGGGACGUGGGCACGAGUUCGUCGCGAGACAACAGGAGCGGAAGCGAGAGAGAGAGAGAGAGAAUGUGUGUAUAUGCGUGCGUGUGUAUCUUGUGAGAGAGCGAGAAUGAGAAAACCAGAGUAAGCAGCACUCUCAGCGAGUCGAAUCCGAAAAGUAUGUAAGUACCGCACAGUGUGAAUGAGAGAGAGAGAGAGAGGAGAAAAAUUAAGAGAGAGAGUGCGAAAGAGCGAUCCCAUCGACCCCCAUCGAUCUUUCUAUAGGGUAGAGUUGUCCGAUCUUCGACAGCGCACUACGAUCUCGGUAGCGCAUCUCCGGGAGCGCGGGACGAUCGCGUGUUACCGGAUGCCGCGACACGGGCGAACGACACCGCGUAUCGAUCGUACCUUCGAUACGCGACGAUCGACGCCCGCGAUCCGGCGUCCCGGCAGACGGCAGACGGAGAACACGCGGCGGUCCAUCACGGGAUGCGGCUCGGCCUGGCUCCGAGCGACAUUCCCGUUCGUCCCCGCGGACAUUGCGAUCUGUCCGCGGGGACGAACUCUGCCCCUCCCCCCAUCCCUUGAUCAAUAUCUCUCAUCUCCUUUAUGGAACCCCCCCCCCUCUGUGUCCCAUCCGAGAAUGACACACCACUACGACACCUGAUAAACUCAUCCCGAUAAACUAUGUAGUAAGUAGCUCGACUCUCUCUGUCUUCUUUUUAGAGAUACAUGUGUCAUUAUUAUUAUUAUUAUUACGAUUUAGUACCAGUACCACUAUUAUUAUUAAUAUUAUUAUUUGUAUUAUUGCUAUCAUCAUCGUUAUAAUAAUAAUUAUUAUUACUGUGAAUCCCCCGACGGCCUCGUGUUACUACCAACCGCCUAUCUAUAGACCGUUCGUUCACGAACUGCGAGUUCGAAUUUCAUCGUUUUCAUAACUUAACAACGCACACAGAAGUGUAAAAGUAUAAAUCUCUAGAUUUCAUAUGGCAAUAAUAACAAGACUCGGUUCUUACAUAAAUACAAAAAUAUUUUUCGAGCGA